GCAUUCGUCAGCGAAGUGGGCGCAGGUUUAGUCGGCAUUAGUCGCGCUCGCAACGGCACGGCAAACGAUCCACGAUCCACGAUCGACGACAUCGACAUCGACGACAAUACAAAAAAACGACGACGCAUGGACUCCGUGCGCGAUUUUCAUUCAGUUUUCAGUCAACUUCUCGCUCAGUUCUCGCCACAUUCACAUCUGUACCCAAACCGGAGCCGGCCGAAAGCCCGGUCAAUUAUAAACGAGAGCCAGCACAACUGACCCAGCUCCGCAGUCCAGCGGCGGCAGUUAGAAGGAGAACUCAUCAUUACCCGCCAUAAUCGUUAGGGUUAGUUACCCCCCGAAACCGAAACGUCGCGUUGUCACGUAAUGCCCAUUCGAUUUAAUUUCAUUAUUAAUUUUUUUGGAAAAUACCCUAUCCUUCGUGUGUGCGACUUGGGGCUCUUUCGGGCGGACGGCCAGUAAGGAAUAUGAAAAGUGACCGAGUGUGUGUUAAAUUAAAUCACCGCAUUAUAAAUAACUUGGGAAAAUUUCAAAUCUAAAAUAUAUUCUCAUUGGCGGCCAGCUAGAUACAUAUCUCCGAGCGCGCCCGACCGCCCGCCAAGUAAUCGAAGCGACAAAAAAUACGCAAAGUUCGAAAAAAGCGCGAGUGUGCGAGUGUGGCAGAGUGUGUGUUUGGCAAAUGUCACUGGUGUGUGCUGUGCGUCACUGAAGAUAAACCACGAGCACACAUAAAAUCGCAGCAUAUAGUAUAUACAAAUACAUAUUAUUCUAUUUACGCGCGUGUCUUGUAGCCAACAAAAAGUAAAUCUCAGCGAGCAGUCGCCGCCACCACAAAAUGGAGUCCAAGCGCUCGAAAAAAGGACGUAAAACUCGACCGGGACAGGUCGCCCCAGCCGCCGCCAAUCCUCAGCAGCAGCAGCAGCAGCAGCCUCAUCACCCCUGGGACGAAGUGUCGCUACCCGGCGCUGGAACCACCGCGAGUGAGCAGCCGACCAUCCUUCUGAUCAACGGCCUCGCCAGCGACGCCCAAUUGGAGGAGAAACAGAUCCGAGCGGCCGCCUUGAAGCUAGCCCUCGAUAGCAACUACAUCGAGGCACCUCAGCAUCCCGCAGCAGUGCCCACUACUCCCGGUGGCUCGCACCUCCUCGACUUCGAGUCCCAUCUCAUCGAGAGCGUCUCUGGCGAAGGCAGCGGCGUUGGCAUCAAGGAGCUGCCGCCCAUCGAACAGGAACUGCAGCAGGGCACAUCCAAGGUAGGCACCGAUGACGCAGAGCCAGUGAUCGAGGUCGAACCGGCUGGCGCCAAGACCAAGCAACUCGUCGAGACUUCAGCACCUGCUCACCAAAUCGCCGAGGUCGACGAGACGGCCACUCCGUCGGAGGAAGUGCGUCGCACCGCCGAGCAGCUGGUGGAUGAGAUCGAACAGGAGCUGAUCCAGGCACUCAGCAGGGAUGUAGACGAGGCACAGCAGCUGCACAAGGACCAGAUCCAACGCGAGAAGGAGGAGCUCAACUCACUCUCCAAGCAGGUGGAGGUGCAGUUAAACGAACUGACCGGCAUCCUCAAGAACAAGCCCCAGGCGGAGAUUGUCUUGGAGCUGCCAACGGAAGAGGAGCAGAAGCCAAAGCCAAUUGUAGCCGCUCCCAACGAGCUGAAGCUCGUAGAGGUCCCCACGCCAAAGACCGAGGCCGAGGAGCAGGAGCGUCAGGAGUUUAUCGACUCCCUUCCCCAGAUCGAGCAGAAUCGCCUGCAGGGAAGCGGAUCGGACGAUACAGAUGCCCAGCGACUCUCGGCGGACUGCAAGCGGGAGUACUACCAGUCGCUGAAGAAGUACCUGUUGCACAGCAGCCAGGACAAGCCACCAGUGCCACUCCAAACUUACCGUUGGGAGGAUCUAAAGCGAGCCAAAGAACGGGGCGGCUACCCUUGGACUCAUUUAUACAAGCGACCUUUGGGACCCGACGAGCAGCCAGAGAUUGUGCUGCUGCUGCGCAAGUCUCAGGAGCUGCGCUUCAAGUCCGAAUCGCCCAAGUCCCUGAAGAAGGUGCGCUACGACGAGCAAGUACUGGUCAAGGAGACCGAGAGAUACAUCCAGGACUUGUCCGAGGACGAGGCGGUCGCCACCACCACAGACGACAGCAGCGAAUCAUCGUCCGACUCGGAGACCGAAUCUGAACGCGACCAGCACAACGAGGACGCGCUUAGCGAGUGCAUCUCCUGCGUGUCCGAUUCCGUGCUAGCGGUUGGAGGACACGCCCGUCCCCGCAAGACAAAUCGCCUGGCCCAUAUACGUGACCUGAUCCGGCGCAGACGCAGUGGUCGCACCCACGAGGACGCCCAAUCGUUGCCGGGCAACUCGGCCAAUCCUAGUCGCCAGAGCAGCGUGCACGAGCUAGCCCCGCCGCCGGGAUCUCUUAUCCCCAACACCGAAAAGCCUUUGAACACCAGCAAGCCCAAGCAGGGAUUCGAAAUCAUGAAGAAGCUGAAGAGUCUGGCUGAACGCCAGAAAAAGCGACUAAACAUCAAGCGGAUCACGCUGAAGAAGGAGGAUAAGAUCGUGCUGGGUGAGCAGCAGAAGAUCAUGAAGCUGAAGGCUUCGCCCAAAUCCGAUCGCGGUGAAAUCCCACACUUCAUCGAGAAGCAAGACUCCGACGAUGUCCUAGAACUGGUGGAGUACGACGAGUCUCCCUGCCGCAAGCGCACCAAGGAGGAGCUCCAGGAGGAUCAGCCUAGUGGCAGUGGCAGCAACAGAGUGCCUGAGCCAGAGGAGAUCAUAGAGCUACCGGUGGCCAAGACUGAGACGGAGGCGCCUGCUGUGAAAAUAACCGAACCCGCGGAGGAAAAGUCGGAACAAGCCGAAGAACUAAAAUCAGAACAAGAAGUCGAGGAAGAAGCUGAUGCUGAAUCUCCUCCUAAGAAGACACCUCGACUGCGUCGAGAGCAUGUCUACGAGGAGAUUGGCCGGGCCGAAACUCAAGAGCCAGUAGAGCAGCCCAUUGUUGAACUGGAAGCCCUUAAAAAGUCCCUGACACGACAGGACAAUCUAGCUCUCGAUGAAAUCGAGGCGGCCAAGCCCGUACCUCUGGACCGCAUGGGCAGCAGCGAGGAAGAGCAGGUGACCGCCGGUAAGCCAGGCGCCUUGUUGGCCCCGCUUUCCUCCAUCGACUCCACAUCGUCCGACGAGGACCGUGCCCGCAAGGCGCAACUUUCGCCGGUAGCCGAGGAUAGCGACGAACCUAUGGAGAUCAGUAGCGAUUUGCGUCCAACGCUCAAGAAAGAACCCUCACCAGCGCCCUCGGACAAGAAGGUCACCUUUUCCCACGUCGAGGACGAGGCAGAGCCGCAUCGCGAGGACGUCGACCUGCCCGAAGAUGUCCUGGAGGCGGCCACAAACGCGGCAAAGUGGAAGAACGAGAGUGAUCAUGAAUACGAGCCCGUGGGCGGAUCCUCACCAGCGCCCAGCACCCAGGCCGAGCUGCAGCUGCCCAUGGACAUCGAUGCAGCGCUCAGCUCGGCCGGCACCACGCCCCGCACCGAAUCCCGCACAGACUAUGAAAUCCACACCAGCCAGGUGGACUCCAGCGCCCUGGAGGAGCUGCCACUGCAGCCGGAGAACCGGCGCAAGGGCUUCAUGGCCUCGGCCCAGGACCGAACUAAGAAAAUGCAGGAUGGCAUCCGCCAGCAGGCGGGUAAGCUCCGCACCAGGCUUCAGACCAAGCCAAAACCCAAGCCCGUUUCGGGAAGCCCCAAAGCAAAGGCCAAGGAAAGGAGACGCUUCAAGGCGCCCGAGUUCUCCAAGAUCAAGAUGCCCGAGAUCAAGCGACCGGAUAUGUCAAAACUGAAGGAUCUGAAGCGACCGGAGUUCACCAAGUUCAACAAGCCAGACAUGUCCAAGUUCAAGCUCCCGGAGAAGUUAUCCACGCUGAAGCUGCGGCGUAGCAAGAGCUUCAAGGAGAACGAGGGUGAGCUGCCCUCAGAGGACACCCAGGAGAACACCGGAACCACUGCAUCCCCCACCCAAGCCCAACCUGCUCCCAAAAAGAAGUUUGAGUUCAACUUUGGCACCUAUCCGCGGGCCUUCCGCAAAAAGAAGCCCGAGGAGCCGGCUCCCGUGGCCAUGGAAUCCUCUUUGGGCACAGAGGGACUCAGUUUGAGUGUGAUUCCUAGCACGGAGACGCAGCCUUCGCAGACGUCCACUAGCUCACCUCAGGGCGAUCGCGGACCAGGCCCUGUGCGCUCCCGUUGGGCGGACAAGUUCUCCGACGUGAGCUACAACGACAGCGAGGGAUCUCGCUACCGGCGCUAUGGCAGUGAGUUGGAAAGCUUCGACCGGGAGUCCUCGUUGGAGCGCCGCAUGAAGGAGGAUCUUGAGGGCACCGAGGACACAGCCAGCGAGGCGCAGCCGCAGCCGGAAAUGGGCAUCCUGGGCGCCGUGGCUGACAGUAAGCAGUUCGCUGAAUUCGACGAAGAGAACCGUGCCAUCCACGAGAUCUCCAGCAAGCGGUCCCGAGAGUUCAAGCGCCGUCCCAUGGUGCAUCAGGACUCGGAUCUCCGCUCCGAAGACAGCAGAGAUGCCGAGGGCUGGACAGAGAAGGAUAUACAGAAGAACAAGCUGCUCCGCAAAGCCGAACUGGAGGCGGAGGCUGGCUUCUACAAGUUCCACGAUCUGCAAGACGCACAAUCCACGGCCAGCUCCGGCAAGAAGGUGGUCAUGGAGCCCAUCGACGACGACGAGUUCUUCCUGCGCAAGCGGGGCAUCUCUGAGGACAACAUCCAGCUGCGCCAGUACAUCAGCGAGGCCAUUCGCGAGGGCUACGACAUGCCCAAUGCCUUGAAGCAUGUCGGCUACUCCGCGGAGCAGGUCCCGGCGGAGUUCGCGGACUACGAUGUGCCUCCGGCCAAGCCACGUCGCCUGCCCCGUAACUACCAGCCGGAAUUCGACUCGCAGGAGUUCCAGCGCAGCGAUUACGGAGACGAUCUCUCCAUGUCGCAGAACGGCAGCGAGUUCACGCCGAAGCGACCGCUUCGGAAGGCCCGCAGUCGCAGCAAAUACUCCAUCGAGGGCAGCCAGGACAUACCCAUGGCGGAUGGCGGCAGCAGCAUUCAGUACUUCGACGAUGACGAGGAGUACCUCCGACCCCCAAUAAGGGAUCAGCAGGCCGCUGUAGACUCAGAGCAGGCGCUCAAUAACCUCGAUAUCGGCGGCAGGGCAGCGGCGAUGAUUCAGGAGGAGCUAGAGAAGGAGCGACAGAAGACCCGUCCGCAGGCACCGAGGCGCCAGAAGAAACGCACAAGGGACGACGCAUCCGUGGAAAAGGAUGCGGACUCGUUCAUCAACGGCUUUGGUGGUAGAUCAGUAUCGAACACCUUUUUGCAGCCACACGAAGAUGUAAUUGUUUAUCGCACUGAACACGAAUAUCGUCACAUACCGCUAGCCACGCCGGACAGAUUUACGGACGGAGCUUCGGCGCGCACGCAGCGGUCCGAGGACGACCGCACAUCGCGCGGCGCCGACUCCCUGAUCCUGGACGUGCACACGAAGACGAGGCCCGAGCUGGAGGACAACGAGGAGGGGGUGCCGAGGACUAAGAGCGACGAGAAGUUCGUCAUUGACAUGCUGGAGAGCGAUGGCUAUGCGGUGGUUCGCAAGGAGUCGUUGCCCAAGCCCACGCCGCCAGCCCGCCGGAAGAAGUUCACCCGGUCGCCGGGCGAGCGUUUCGCCACGCUGCCCAGCAUUCGCGGCUCUCGGGGAUCCCCGCCGCCAGCUCGUCCGCCGCCGCCGCAGCAGUACGUGCCCACGGAGGACUCGCCGGUAGUGCCGCGUCGCAGAUCCGCGGCCAGUCUGGUCGAGAUCCCCCAGAUGAUCAAGUCGAACUACGAGUCCCAGAAGGUGCAGCCGCCGGAGGAGGAGGAUGACUACGAGGAGCCGGGCGCCCUGGGGCGACCAGAGUCGCCGCGCUCCAAUCUGCAGUCGGGCGAGAUCAUCAACAAGAUGAAGUUCCGCCCACUGCCGCCGCCACCGCGUCCUCCGCGUGAGAAACGCUCCGCGAGAGGUGGUAGCCAGACCCUGGACAGCUACGACGAAAGCGAACACGUGGCCAGCUCCAGCCAGGCAGAUAGCUACGACCAGGGUGAGUUCGAAGUAGAGGUGUCCACGCAAACGGACCCGCUGCCCGAUGACUUUGUCUGCGAGGAGUUCGAGAUCACCGAGGACAUGAAGAUCAUCGAGCCGCGUCGCUCCAACGGAUCAGGCAACAAGACCCUGGAGGAUCUGCUGCGCAGCGUUGAGGCCGCCCAGGAACCGGACGAGGUGGAUGGCGCCCGAGUGCUGACCGAAGACGAGCAGCUGGCCAAGGGUCUGCAGAGAUUCCGGGAUGCCAACCAGCGCAGCAUGUCGGAGCGAUCUCGUGCAUCUUCCCAAGCGGAUCGCUCCAAGUCGCUGAGUCGUCCGCAGACGCCUUCGUCGGCGGUGGUGAUCGAGCGGCGUGUGCCCACGCCCAGUCUGUCGGCUGGCGAGGAUGAUGCCGCUGUGCAGGCCUCUUUGAUUGUGCGGCCCAUCAGUGCCGCCGAUCUCGAGGACGACGAACUGCGGCGCGAGGAGGAGGAGCUGCGACGCGAGGGCUUGCUUUCGGACAGCUCUGUGCAGAGCAAGUCCGACGUGGAGGAGGAGGACCAUGGCGGUGAAGUGGUCCUGAGCGACUAUGCGGCCAGUUCCGCAGACUUGGAUGCGGCGGUGGAGCAGCUGCAGCAGGCUCAGUUGGAAAGCGACUACGAAAGCCGGCUGGAGGACGACGAGGUGGAGCGCACGCUGAGAGACAAUGAGUACGAGGACGAAAAGUAUUCGGAGCAGGAAGAGGAGGAGGAAAUAGCUAAGCUGGAGAAGGAGCUCACAGAACAGGAACUGGAGGAAGCCCUCGAGAAGGAGCUACAAGAAGCCAUGGAGAAGGAGCUAUCCGACUACCGGCAAAAGGAAAAGGAGCAAGAGCUGGAGCUGGCAUUCUCCGAAGAAGAGCCUGCCGCCUCCGAGAUCGAUUACCAGCAAUCCGAAGAGGAAAAGGCUACCUCCGAGCUCGACUAUCGUCAGUCCGAGGACGAGCAUCCGCUCUCAGCGGAAGAACACACCCUUUCCGAAGAGGAGCGCACACUCCUAUCCGACACCGAACAGCAUCUGUCCGAACCCGAAAUCCCAGCCGUUGAGGAGACCAUUCAGAAGUCCACCGCCAGUGAACCCACCGAGGCCGAAGUAGAGCUCAAAUUCGUAGCCACUUUGCCCACCGAACCCGCCUACGGUCAUGAGGAAGAGGAUGAGGAGCAAGAGCCUGGUGUGGUACCAUUGCCACCACCGCGGCGCAGGUCCACUACCGCCCUGGAACCCACCACAGCCGUCAGUCUAACGAUUGCCGAACACUCUAGCCGUGAACUCACGCCCAUUCAAUCGGUUCAAUCCCCGCCAGAGCCGCAACUGCCGAGUCGCCUGGCGGACUUGGAAGUGGAACGAUUGAGAGUCCAUGCCCUGCAGGCUGGCCAAAUCCAAGUGUCGCAGCUCCACGGCGCCCAGAUCAAGGCCGACGAUCUGCAGUGCAAGUCCGGGCAGUUGGUAGUCCAGAACAUCGAGCUGCCGCCUGGAUUUAUUGACGACAUUGUGGAGCGGGUGCAGCGGGAGCAGCGUACUUCGCUGCUGACCAGCGAGACGCAGACCAGCCGGCAGCCCAGCAGCGAACCCGCCACCUCCGAAAAGGAGCAGCCCAUCAAGCCGCCACGCCACAGCAAGCUCACCGAGCAAGCGCCGCCUAUCGCCAAUCUCGACGAGCAGACUCAGACGGAGACGGGCCUGCUGCCACUGCCACCGCCGCCAACAGCAUACCCGACCGUGGAGUACCUGCAGUCUCUGGCUCCACUGGCCUUCUACAAUCUGCAGCGCAGCGCCGAGGCGGAGCAGGCAGAAGCCUCGUCCGCCGCAGAUCGCAAGGCGCCGCACAAAUGCCGACGACGCCACGUCGCCCAAGAGCACCUGGAGGAGGAGUCCGGUUCGGAGCUGGAGGAGCAGCUAGUGGAGCGCCCACGCUCCCGGUCGAGACGCUCGCGCACCAGGAGCGCCACACAGCCGCCGGAGGACGAGUACGACGAGGAUCAGCCCAAGACGGUGGUACAGGCGGGCCGGCAAUUCAUCUCGGCCUGCAGCCUGGAGCUAGUCAACAUCAUCAACCAGCUGACGCACUAUGUGCGCGGCGAGGCUGUGGAGCCGCAGCAGGCGCCACGCAACGUGUCCGCGCUAAUGGUGCUCUUCAUCCUGAUCACGUUCGGUGUGCUGAUCUUCCUGCUGACCGGGCGACAGGUGCACACGCAUCACUGGGACUACUUCAAUCCGCCCGGGAACGAGGGCAGGCAGACGUGAGGGGCUGUGGGGAGUCACCUCCUGCUGCUGGUUUACACAAUCCUUUUGGGGCGGUUUUGCAUUUUGGAGCAUCGAAUCUGGCCAAGAGAUCAGGGAUCUUGGUGGGAGAAGAAACGAAUUUAACGCGGCCAGGUGGUCCGCACGAAACUUGAAGGCCUUAAUGAUACUAACGAGAAAUUACUUUAGGAGGAGAGGUGCGCCGAUGGAGGCGGUGGGCGGUGGGGAGGGGCGAGCCCGCGCCCGUGCUACUAGUCACACAACACAACAUAAUCGAAACCGGAAUCCCAGUUCACUGAUCCAUCAUCAUCAGACAAAACAUGCCGACAUCUAACUUGUACUAACCAAAAAUAUAGAGGAACAUUUUUCAACAUUGUUUAGCAGCGAGAAGAGAUGAGAUCCUUAGCGACAGAAGGAAGGAGCUGAGGAGCAACGACCAUGUAUUACCUAUGUACUUAGACGUCUUAGUUUGCGCAGCCAGGGAAGGAGGAGCUGGGACAACUAACUCUAAUAAAAACUUUCUUUUGUUUGCUCAUUUUUUACUACCGGUUAAGCGCGGCGAGAGAUUCAAUUGUUGAACGAAAAUGUUGUUUAAUUUAGACCAAAAACGUAGGAAUUAAUAUACAAACACACACACUUUUCUCAUUGAAUUCAUUUGAAAACGUUAUAUAAUUUGAAAUGCGAGUACUUAGCCAGAAAGGGAACAUAUAUACAUAAAUAUAUAGAAGCGUAUUUUCAAUAAAGCAAAAAAUAUAAACUAAA